UGUCGUCCGAGGAGGUUUCAGCGCAGCGCCCAAUGACGCUCCCGACUUUCACACGAGAGGACUAAUAAGUCAGCACAAGGGUGCAUGGAUUCAACCCACAAACGCCGUCGUCGUAAAUACCAUCACUCACACGUUUCUGCUUCCAAUCGUACUAACGGCCCGCGACCAACUUGGGUCACCUUACUUUCUACCAUCUGACGAGGCAAAAACACAAGAUGCUGUCAUCGCUUGAACCCCUGGAGGAGAGAUUCAGACAGGUAGAAGAAGAGAGUGAGAGAAGGGCCAUGGAAGAACAUGAGCGGUCGGCAAACGAACUAGUCGACCCUGAAGUCAGCCUCAGCAAGCGGCGACACCAGCGGAAGAAGACCUCUGUGUCAGUUUCUCGAUUUGGUCAGCCUUCAGAUAGCAAUGGCGCAAGUAGUUCCACCUCACCCACACCCUCCGUACUCGCUACAGUUGCCCAGAAGUCGACAUUCUACCAUUCAUUAGCAAACCCCAGAAGCAUGGACUCCUUCAUUUCCGAAGGUUCAGAAAACGAAUCUCACCAUUUAGAGGACGACCAGCAUGUGACACAGGUCGAACGAAUAGAUGGACGUCAACCUUUUCGAAAUACAGUUGAAGCCAUACUACCCCGACGCAUGUCUCGGUCGCGCUCGCACAACAUCCUUUCGCCGAGCACACGCGUGCUCGUCGAUGUCUCUGUUGAAAAGGCAACAAUGGAUGCCUCACAUUCGCGCUCUGACGCCAUUCACACCACCGUUCGUGCGACUAAAGGGGGAGAGCUACGCCCUCGAGCGUCUACUACGAGCGUGCUGGGCGCCAAGCCACCGACAAACGGUCUUGUAGAACGAGCAAAAUCGUUCGCUCGGAAUUUCGGGCGGAAGAGGAAGCCUGUCUCCGGGUGAGAUGAAGUGGAUGUUGUGCGCCCGGCUCUUGAGGUGUCACGGAGACUUCAGAAUGUAAUGGAUCCAUAUUGAUGAUCCGAGCAGUUGCUAGGUUUCAACUAGGGCGAAUAAUGACCUUGGAGCACUCAUCACCAAGACUUGCCAUCAGAUUUUCAUGUACAAAACCGUGUUACCGACGCGUGAUAUG